AUCCCAACAUCCUGUCACCACAUACUAAAUGUUUAUAAAUUAUGAAAGUCAACGCCACAUUCUCAAUUCAUUACUCGAGCUGGUUAAUCAUACGUCAGAACACUUUGGUAUCUCAUCGAAGUAACAUCGUGCUCUAAAGAGUGUAUUCCAGAGUCAUUUUUAACUAAAAAUCUAUUAGAAAUCACAAAAUUAUUGUUUUUUGAGUGUGUGCCUUGGCAGUUUUUUAAUUUGUGAUACCAGCUUAUUGAUUGGUUUCUGAAUCCUAGAAGAAUAUUUUAUUAUUUUCAAAGAAUUUAUUCAGAAUUACGAUGUUUCGCUUGAUAUUUUCACUAGCUUUUCUAUUAAAAUAUACGUGGAGAUGAAAAUUCACCCUACGAGUAAUAUGCUACUACCUAUUAUGAAUCCUAAACCAGUUGCACCAAUCGAAUUACUAGAGAUGAUAUUCUGUGGAUAUAAAACAAACUGUAACACAUCCCGAUGUUCGUGCAAAAAGGCUGGAAUAAAAUGUAGUUACAGUUGUAAAAAUUGCAAUGGCCAAAGCUGUGAAAAUGCUUCAAAUUCGCAUAAGGUCAUACUUGAGAGUGAUACAGAAGAGCGACAAGAUGAUAUAGAUGAUAUAGAAGAUAAUGAAAAUCUGUGGAAUGAUGAAAUAAAUGAUUUACAAGAAGAAGAAGUUGAUGAAUCACAAACUGAAAAUUAAAAAAUUUUGCUGAAAAAUUCUGUGAAUUCUAUUUACUAGAAUAAUAUAACCAUUUUAUUAUAUAUUAAAUUUUUACAAUAAUCAUAUUUAUUUACAUUUUAACAGUUUUAUACUUGUAUUAUUGAUGUUGCUUCAUAAUAACAUUAAAAAAUGCUAUCGUAAAUUUUUCAACAAUAAUUUACUUACAGUUAAAAAAAACACAAAUUCAAAUAAUAAUUUUUAUAGCAGUGGGUGGCUUAAAUCCGCAUUUAAGUCACGCAAAUCCGUGGCGUAAGUAGCACUUUUACACUAACGCUCUUUCCAUUGAUGCCAGCCAUUUUUUCACAGGUCAAGCCGAUCUCGAGAUAUAAGCAAAAAUAACUUUCGCACGCUGUUUUCGCAUAGAACCCCUCGUUCUAGGAAGCUGCAAAUUUCAGAAUCGGCUUUUCCGACCCCGAUUUACCAAAUAUCAAAAAUGCAGCCAUUUCAACCGCAGGGCGAUUUCACACCUAAUUUUACUGGACUAAAAGCGGACAACAUUUAUAUUUAAAUAAAUCAACUUACUAUCUAUCGCUUGUUUUUUUACAAUAACAGUAUCAUAACAGAAAUGUCAAAAAAAAUAAAAUCAAUUUUAAUUGAUCUCAGCGGCACUUUACACAUUGACGAUACUGCGAUUCCCGGUGCAGUUGAUGCUCUUAAAAGACUUAGAAAGUCCAACACCGUUAUAAAGUUUGUUACCAACACUACAAAAGAGUCCAAGAAUACACUUCAUAAAAGAUUGAUAAAACUGGGAUUUGAUAUAAAAAAAGAAGAAAUAUUUAGUUCACUAGCUGCUGCGAGAGAAGUCGUCAAAACUCGGAAGCUGAAUCCUUUGCUUUUAAUUGACGAUGCUGCAAUAGAGGAUUUUGAAGACUUGGUUAAAUCUGAAACAUCACAAAAUGCUGUUCUUGUUGGAUUAGCACCAGAGAAAUUCAACUAUAAAUAUUUAAAUGAUGCUUUUAGGUUACUGCUGGACGGUGCACCAUUGAUAGCUAUUCAUGAAGGUCGGUUUUACAAAAGACCAGAUGGAUUGGCCUUGGGACCAGGUGCAUUUGUUAAAGGAUUAGAGUAUUCUUCUAAUGUCAAAGCUGAGGUAGUCGGAAAACCAACAUCUGAAUUUUUUAUAGCAGCCCUUGACAGUACUAUGCCAGAAGAAGCAAUAAUGAUAGGCGAUGAUGUAAAGGAUGACAUAGCUGGUGCGCAAGCUGUGGGUAUAAAAGGAUUUUUAGUAAAAACUGGUAAAUACCGCGAAGGAGAUGAAAAAACCAUUAAUCCAACUCCUACAAAUGUAUGUGAUUCUUUUACGCAAGCUGUUGAUCUCAUUCUCAAAGAAUUUGUUUAAGUUUGGAUAAGAUAUUAAGAAUUCAAUAUUUGUAUUUAUUUAAAUGAUUGUUGUUUAAUUUUAAUAAUAAUGUACAUAUCCCAAUGAUAUAAUGACAGUGUACAUAUACAGCGAUGAGUAAUAAUGAGUAAUGACUUUUUGAACAAUUUAAAAAAGGUCCGUCCAUCCAUUCAUUCUACAGUUCAAAAACAUCUCAUGCAUCAAGUAAAAAUAAAAGACACCUCUUUUAAGCUUUCAUAAA